AUGUCUCGAGAAGCGUACCAAGUUCCUACCCAGGCGCCAGCUCCUGGCCGCGACGCUUUCAACGCCGGAACUGCUAUCGAAGGCCCAGCCAUCAUAUACACUUGUGGCGAUUGCAGCGCGAAGGUGCCACUGAAGAGAGGUGAUCCAAUCCGAUGCAAAGAGUGUGGGCAUCGCGUUUUGUAUAAAGAGCGGACUAAGAGAAUGGUUCAAUUCGAGGCGAGAUGA